AUGGCCCAACAACAACCGUCCAACAAGGGCCACAACUCUCGCCUGUCCGUUGCUGGGUCUUCUCUUGGCCGAGUGCCUUCCCACCAGGGCUCAGCAACCGGUGCAUCCAAGUCUGCUCCGGCCAUCGUCGACAAAGCGACCACGCUGGAGCAAUCCGUGCGCAAGUUUCGCGUCGUCGAGGCCCUGAGAAAUGGCGACACGGCAUCCAUAUCCAGGACAAUCCGUGAAACCGCCGAGGGCGGCCCCCGCCAGAGCAUCUCCUCGGCAUCUGCCCCGUCAGCGACGUCGCUCGACGACACGACGAUCCUCCACCUUGCCAUCCAAUGCGCAGAGUUCCCUGUUGUCGAAUACGUGCUCUCUGAUGGCGCCGGCUCCAUCGACGUGAAUGCACGGGACAAGGACGGCAACACCCCGCUGCACAUUGCAGCGAUGCAGGGCCGCUCCCAGGUCGUGCGCCUGCUGCUGGACCAGAAGGACAUCAAUGAGUCCAUCGCCAACAACCAGGGUCGCCUGCCCAUUGACCUGGCACGAAACCCCGAGAUCUUCCAAGUGCUGCAGCUCUCCAGAUCGCUCUUUGCCGAGGAGAAGGUGAAAGAGAUCCAGGAACUGGUCAACCGUGGGGAUUACAAGACGCUGGCUCAGGUCUUGGAGGAACCUCGGCUGAAGACUGUCAUGGACAUCAACAGUACCGAGUUUGUCUCCGAUCCUAUUACCUCUCAGUCUGGUGGCAACCUGCUGCACGAAGCUGCCCGCAAGAAGAACACUGCUCUCAUCCAAGUGCUGCUCCUCCACGGUGCCGACCCUUUCAGGAGAGACCGCAAGGGCAAGCUGCCCCAGGAUGUGACCAAGGAUGAUGUCACGAGAGCCAUGUUGAAGCGCUCCCCGGCCGCUGUCGCAGCGCAGAGGGGGAUCCAGGAGAAGGCUGUCCUUGGCGCCGCGAGCCAAGGAUCGGCUGCUUCUGCGGCUGGCGAUCCUCUGGCUGGCCGCGAAGCGAGAGAAAUGAAGGGCUAUCUCAAGAAAUGGACCAACUACAGGAAGGGAUAUCAGCUGCGUUGGUUCGUGCUCGAGGACGGCGUCCUGAGCUACUACAAGCACCAGGAUGACGCCGGCUCUGCCUGCCGUGGCGCCAUCAACAUGCGCAUCGCACGGCUGCACAUGAGCCCUGACGAGAAGACCAAGUUUGAGAUCAUCGGAAAGUCUUCCGUCAAGUACACUCUCAAGGCCAACCACGAAGUGGAGGCCAAGCGGUGGUUCUGGGCGCUGAACAACUCGAUCCAGUGGUCCAAGGACCAGGCCAGGGAAGAAGACAAGAACCGCGCGAGAAGCGCCGAGCUGCUGAAGCAGGCCAAGGCGGAGCACUCGCAAGGGACCUCUAUCAACGAGACGCAGAGCGAGAAUGCCAGCCUUGCCGACCGGCCACGCAGCAGCUUCCAGCUCUCUCGCCUGCACUCGGCAAGCAAAUCCAUGACCAAGGUUCAGCUAGCUGGCACGAGCACUGUGGGUAGUUUGGAUGAGGAUGAUAACAUCGACUUCUACGAGUCCAAGAGUCAGGGUGGUGCGCCGGGCCAGAACGAUGACGAUGACGACGAUGAGGAGUAUGGCGAUGCUUCAAGCGGCCAUGAAGCGCCAAGCGGCAACAAAGACGCCUUCAACAUCACUGCCCAGUCUGUCAAGCUACAACUCGACACCAUGGCGCAGGUGAAUGCCGCCUUGAUCACCGAAGCCACUAAGAACCCGGCUCUCACCCUGUCGGACACCAAAACGCAGCAGGCACUAUCUACUUAUGACGCUGCGAUCCGCUCCAUGACCGGAUUGGUUGGAGACUUGCUCAGGAUCUCUCGCGAUCGCGAUGCCUACUGGCAGUACCGACUCGACCGCGAGGUGGAUAUGCGACGCAUGUGGGAGGAGAGCAUGGCCAAGGUCGCACACGAGCAGGAGGCUCUCGAGGCUCGCGUCGGCGAGGCGGAAGAGAAGAAGAAGCAGGCCAAGAGGAUACUGAAGGAAGUGGUCGGCAGCGGCAUGCUCGAGGAAGGGCCGAACAUCGCGCAUGGCGUCGCCAAGGAAGAGAUAUCGCAAGGAGUGUCCGAGGCUGAGGUCGCCGCUGGGCAAAAGUCUCCGACUCAUACCAUCUCCCGCCGGCAGACCGUGAUUGAGCAGGUCGCAGAUCUGUCAGACUCCGAGUCCGAUGCUGAGGAGUUCUUUGACGCCAUCGAUGCGGGCGAGGUCGAGGUGGAGCCCUUGCCGCCGGCCGAGCUUGUCGCGGCCGGGGAGAAGGAGAAGCAAGAGGUAGUCAUUUCGGGCAUCGACAUCAGCAGCGCAUUCCACGGAUACGAGAACGGGCCCAGGCAGAGACUCAAGUUGGACGCUGACAACCGUCCCAAGGUCGGACUUUGGGGAAUUCUGAAAUCUAUGGUUGGCAAAGAUAUGACGCGGAUGACUCUCCCCGUAUCGUUCAACGAGCCGACCUCUCUUCUUCACCGCAGUUCCGAAGACAUGGAGUACUCCGAGUUGCUUGAGCAGGCAGCGGCGCGGUCCGACUCGAUCGAGAGACUCAUCCAUGUCGCUGCCUUUGCCGCCAGUAUCUACGCGUCGACGAUUGGCCGUGUCGCCAAGCCCUUCAACCCUCUGCUGGCCGAGACGUUUGAGUACGCUCGACCUGACAAGAACUACAGGAUGCUGGUUGAGCAGGUCAGCCACCACCCGCCCAUCGGUGCAUCGUGGGCCGAAUCGCCCAAGUGGACCUACUACGGAGAGCAGAAUGUCAAGUCGAAGUUCUAUGGGAAAUCCUUCGACUUCCAGCAGCUCGGUACGUGUUUCUUGAGGCUCCGGCCCGACGCGGGAGGCAAGGAAGACUUUUACACGUGGAAGAAGCUCAACUCUACGGUCGUGGGCAUCAUCACGGGCAACCCUGUGGUCGACAGCCACGGCCCCAUGGUGAUCAAGAACUGGACCACGGGCGAGGAGGCGCACCUCAACUUCAAGCCGCGCGGCUGGACGGCGGCCUCGGCCUACCACGUCAACGGCAAGAUCGUGGACGCCAACGGCCACGUGCGGGUGUCGCUCGGCGGGCGGUGGAACUCGAGGAUCUACGCGCGGUUCACGCCCGGGUACGAGGCCACGGUCGAGGAGCCGGCGGACGGCGAGUCGGAGCGCAGGGGCAGCAUCGGGUCGGACCCGCAGAACCGGGCGUUCCUCAUCUGGCAGGCGAACCCGCGGCCCAAGGGGAUCCCGUUCAACCUGACGCCCUUCGCCGUGACCUUCAACCACAUCGACGAGCAGCUGGCGCGGUGGCUGGCGCCGACGGACUCGCGGCGGCGGCCGGACCAGCGGGCGAUGGAGGAGGGCGAGUACGACUUUGCGGCGAAGGAGAAGGUGCGGCUCGAGGAGGCGCAGCGGGCGCGGCGCAAGGCGCGCGAGGCGAGCGGGGACGAGUUCGUGCCGGCGUGGUUCGAGAGGGCCAAGUGCGAGGUCACGGGGGAGACGUACUGGAGGCUCAACGGCCGGUACUGGGAGCAGCGGGAGAGGGCGGGCAAGGGGGACGAGGGCGCUUGGGAGGGGCUUGAGCCGAUUUACUAG